AUGCAAAUUGGAAAGCCUCUCAAAGUUUCUGCAUGUUGUAAGCAUUUUGCUGCUUAUGAUCUUGAUGAUCAUGAUGGUCUUGAUCGAUAUCGUUUUGAUGCAAAGGUGGCUGAACAAGAUAUGGUAGAGACUUUUAAUAGACCUUUUGAGAUGUGUGUCAAAGAUGGUGAUGUUAGCAGUGUUAUGUGCUCUUAUAAUCGUGUUAAUAGCAUUCCAACUUGUGCUGAUUCCUAUCUUUUGAAAAAAUUGGUCAGAGAAGACUGGAAUUUGCAUGGGUAUGUAGUAUCAGAUUGUGAUUCUAUCAAAGAAAUUGUGGAAAGACAAAAAUGGCUUAAUGACACAGUGGAGGAAGCUUCGGCUCAAGUGCUAAAAGCAGGUUUGGAUUUGGAUUGUGGAGAUUCCUACAAAAGUCUUGUAAACGCAGUGAAGCAAGGAAAAGUUGGAGAGGCUGAUAUGGACAAGGCGCUCAAUUACCUUUAUGUAGUACUGAUGAGGCUAGGAUUUUUUGAUGGAAUUCCGUCCUUGGCAUCGCUUGGCAAAAAGGACAUAUGUUCAGAAGAAAACACUGAAUUAGCAGCUGAAGCAGCUAGACAAGGGAUUGUGCUUCUUCAGAAUGAUAAUGAAACUUUGCCAUUAGACCCUGCAAAGUUUAAAUCUCUAGCACUAAUUGGGCCACAUGCCAAUGCGACUGAAGUAAUGAAAGGAAAUUACGCAGGUAUUCCAUGCAAGUUCAUUUCUCCACUUGAGGCUUUUUCCUCAUUAGGACAAGUGACUUAUGAAUUGGGAUGUGAUGUGAAAUGCUCGAAUUAUACCACAGUGCAAUCAGCCGUCGAUGUCGCCAAAAAUGCAGAUGCUACUUUACUUUUUAUCGGCUUAAAUUUAGACAUAGAGGCUGAAUCGCGUGAUCGAGAUAAUCUUCUCCUUCCUGGUUAUCAAACUCAUCUAGUUAAUAAAGUUGCUGAGGCUUCAAAAGGCCCAGUUAUUCUUGUCGUCAUGUCUGCCACUGCACUUGAUAUUUCUUUUGCUAAAAUCAACCCCAAAAUCAAAUCCAUCUUAUGGGCUGGAUAUCCUGGUGAACAAGGUGGUCGUGCUAUUGCUGAUGUUGUUUUCGGAAACUACAAUCCUGGAGGGAGGCUGCCACUUACAUGGUACGAGGCUAAUUAUGUUGAUAAAUUCCCAAUGACAUCCAUGUCUUUAAGGCCAGUUGGAAAGUAUCCUGGAAGAACCUACAAGUUCUUCAAUGGCACAACAAUUUAUCCUUUUGGUUAUGGAUUAAGUUAUACAAGCUUCAAAUACGAGUACAAUUCUACAGAGAUGUCUCUUGACAUGAAAUUGGACAGACUCCUUCAUUGCCACGACUUGCCUUAUAAUGAUACAAAUUACAAGCAAGAUUGUCCUUCAGUUUCGAUUGAUGAUUUAACAUGUAAUGAUGAAAUUGCUUUUGAAAUCACAGUACAGAAUGUUGGGCAGAGAGAUGGAAGUGAUGUUGUUUUGGUAUACUCAGUCCCUCCGGAAGAAGUCACUGGAACUCAUAUCAAGCAAUUGGUUGGAUUUGAAAGGGUUUAUUUACAAGCAAACGAGAGCAAGAAUGUCAAGUUUGUGCUUAAUGUUUGUCAGAGCUUGAACAUUGUUGAUGUCUCGGGUUAUAGACUUUUGCCAUCUGGUUCCCAUAAAAUUAUAGUGGGAGAUAAUGUAAUAUCGAUUCCCGUAAAAGUUACUUAUAAUCUAUAAGAAUGUAGGA